CUCAGGGCCGGGGCCCGCCAUCGGGGCCCGCCAUCGGGGCCUGCCAUCGCCUCAGAGCCCGCCAUCGCCUCAGGGCCGGGGCCCGCCAUCGCCUCAGGGCCCGGGCCCGCCAUCGGGGCCCGCCAUCGCCUCAGGGCCCGCCAUCAGAGCCCGGCCCCGCGUCCUCCUCUCCCGCCGCGGCCUCAGGGCCCGGCCCCGCGUCCUCCUCUCCCGCCGCGGCCCGGGCGGAGGGUGCAGCGGCGGGACCGCUCCCCCGCGGCCGCGGUUCCGGUGCGGCGGCGCCAUGGACGCCAACCUGCGGUUCUGGCGGGCGGAGGGGCAGUCUUUUUUCCAGAGGUUCCUGCUCUGGGCGGACGUCUUGGACCCGGCGCUGCUCCUCAAGUCCUCCGAUGAAAUAAGAAGAACCAGGUUAUUGGUACAAACCAGUGGGAAGACGCCAAGUGAGCCCAUACAAAAUGAUCAGACAAAACAAGCCUUCUUGCUAAGCCUGUCCAGUGUACAUCCUGAUACAGACAAGAUCAUUCCUGUUUUGUUUAGGCCUCCAGCUUUCCUGCCCAUAACACUUCCAUUGGUUGUUGUUUCAUCACUUCAGCUCCAGGCAAAGCAGACUUUUUUUUGUCAGUUCGUGUUUCACAUGUACACCACGGGAUUCACCAUGAUGAAUGGAAAUGGCACCACAAAGGCUGAAGAGUACUCAGUUGAACAGAAGCAGAUCUUCACUGGCUUGGGAGCCAUUUCCUAUGCUGCCUGUAUUGGUGCUCUUCCUCUUGUCUUCAUGAAUCGAUACACGUUGAAGAGUCCAUUAACGCAACUGAUUGUCAGACAUAUUCUACCUGCUCCCCUUUUUGGCUUGAUGAGUGCCUUUACUGUGGCUGUGGUGAGAAGCCCAGAAUUUGAGAAUGGAAUUGAAGUGAUGGACAGGAAUGGCAAGGUGGUAGGAGUGUCAAAGAAGGCUGGUGAGAAGGCUGUUAAAGAAACAGCAUUGUCAAGAGCAGUCUUGUUUGGGACAACAUUCUUCCUGCCAGCUGUGCUUAUGCACUUUGUGAGAAGAUCAAAAUUUGCAAAAACUCCACGUGCUUUGGCUUCAGUGAGACUGCUUAUGAUCACAUCAGUACUAGCAGGGAUGCUGCCAGCAUCACUUAGUAUGUUCCCACAGUGUGGGGAGAUAAAACGAGAAGACCUUGAACAGGAAAUUCUGUCCUCUACAGAAGAAACAGAGUUAUUCUACAACAGGGGGAUUUAGAGAUUGGCUUUAAUGUACAAUUACGUGCUCUGACUGAGGUGAAUUCUGGAUGCAUCAACACAUUCAGUUGGUACAUGUGGCUGAUGGAACUGAAUUUAUGGUGGUGUACGUACCAGACUUGGUGCAUGAUGGUGUGGUCUGUGAAGAGGCAGGCUGUGCAAAAUGAUUUUGCAAGGCCCCGCCCCCAGGCAGAGCUGAACACUUAAUAAUUUACUGCUGUAAAUGGGAUUUGUACCAGAAAACACUGUAACACAGCAUUGGUCACAAAGUGUUCUGUAUGCUUCCUCCUGUGAUGGAUUCCUUAAUUAAACAACUACUGAAUACAAAA